UAUAUUUAAAAAAUUUUGUCUUAUUUGUUUAAAAUAGUAAAAUGUUGAAAUUUAUAAAUUUUUUAGUUUUGUUAAGCGUUUUUUUAAUGCUAAAUGAAAAAGUGCAAGGCAAGCCAGAGGAUCUGCAAACUGCUGCCCUAUUGGCUGCUGGUCAGAUCAAGGAUACUAUAGACAAUGGCGCCGCCGCCAAGGAUAAUAAAGAAUUUGAAAUAUUUGGUGCUAAAGUUAAAACUGGCAUGGAGGUAGGUUUUGGUGAUGCUAUCAAAUCAAAACGCAGUCCAUCCUCUUCCGAGUCGGAUGAAAGACGCAAAAGAUCAGUGGAGCAGGAUAUAAAUGGUAUUGAGAAGGAAGAGGAGGAGGAGGAUUUAUAUGAUGAAGAUUAUUCUUAUUCUGAUUAUUCUUCAUCCUCUUCAGAAUCUGAAGAACCUAAAGUCGUAGCUAAGAGAUCUUUGAAUUUAAAUGAUUUGCCCAAAUUUAAAAAUUCCGAUAGUUUUGAACAGUUUAACAAUGAUUUGAUGAAUAUGUAUUUGAAAAAGAAAUGAUUUGAGUGUAAAUAGUUAAAAAUAAAAUGAUUUAUUUGAAUUGAAACAAUCUAUUUUAUUAUGUAAAAUAUAUUU